UUUGUGCCCGUUGAUGGGUGUCAAACAACCGACUACACCUCCCACCAUUCCCGGUCGUGUACUACGCCGGUCGCUCCAACCUCUGUCCUUGUCUACGUCAUUCCGAGCUCGCUCUGCCUCGUCCUUGCUCACACACCAAACCAGGCAGGCCUCUAGUGUCGGUCACCGGGACCUCGUCAGCCUUGCCGGACUUUCGCAUUUGCUUCCACCUGCAAAGUCCCCGAUCGAGUUGCCCGACGCCCGGAACGCGCCCCCCAUUCAAGAGCUUUGCUGAACCUUCUCAAGAUUUGGAUCGAGGGCCAAAUAGGGCAAAGGUAACGGCGCUUAGGUGGACCAUGGCUUCAGCAUCCUUUCGAGAUUCACUCAACUCGCUCGGCUGGUCGCGCCGCAAUGAGGAUCUCCCGGUGAACACAUCGCGACAAGGCGGCUUCCUGUCCUCGCUGCAAUCUUUCAACCCUUUCGGCAAUCGUGGCUAUGUCCAACUUCCGACGACCGAGGGCCCAGGUGCCCCCUUACCGGCGCCGAGCCGCCGCGAAGAGGAGGACGCGUGGUUUGCCUUGAGUCGGUGGGAUCGCCUGCUCAUUUUUGGCGCCUGCAAUCUCGGGGCCCUUGCCUGCUUCGUCAUCUGCUUCGCCCUCUUCCCGGCCAUCGCGCUCGGCAGACCGCGCAAGCUCGUCGUUCUAUGGACACUCGGCUCAAUACUGUUCUUGUCGUCCUUUGCCGCCAUCAUGGGUCCAUGGGCUUACGUCCAACACCUCGCCUCUACGCCAAGGCUGCCUUUUACAGCUGCCUACUUUGGGUCUCUCGGGCUGACGCUGUACUUUUCCAUCGGCCUUCAAAGCACGAUUCUCACACUGUUUGCGGGCCUCAUCCAACUUGCGUCCCUCAUAUGGUAUCUGGUGAGCUAUUUCCCUAUGGGUUCGAGCGGGCUGCGCCUUGUAAGCACUUUUGGCGCCCGCAGGGCAGCAGCCUGGAUGACUAGUUGAAGAAAGUGUAUGAGCUGUGGCACGUGGUUUCCGAAGCCGGUGCCGAGU